UUUUCGUGUGCGAACAAGUGCGCCAACUCGUGUCUAAUGUCUUCUUUUUAACCAUUUCGACAGGAGGUCUAGUAGCUGAUUAUUCUACGGCCAUUUGAACGUCAAGAGCUGCGUGGCUUGAUUCUGCAAUUUUUCUUGAGAAUAUUUGAGUGUAUUUGAGAUGGUAAGCUGUGCCGCCUGUGGAUAUUCGAAAACGCGUAAGAGAAGGGAUGAGCGGAUCACUUUCCAUGUGUUUCCAAAACGUCCGGACAGGCGGGAUGCCUGGAUCAGGUUUAUGGGCCGAGCUGACUACAAACCAACACCGUACAGCAGACUCUGUUCUCAACAUUUUACUGAUAGUUGCUUUGAUCGUGCUUCUACAGCGAGAGUGCAACUCAACAAUGAUGCUAUACCGACAAUUGGAAUCAGCAGGCUGAAAUAUGCUCGGAUGAUGCAGGAUGAAAUUACUGAGCGAUACUUGUCCCCUACAACAGACAGUGAAGACUCAGAUGUCCCUAUUGCUGACAAAAUUCCAUUGUCUAAUUCAGAAGUCUCAUUGAAACAGAUUGAAGUCUAUAAUGGUCAAAAACCUGGUUCGAGCAGAAUAACCCUGGUGAAAUUGGAUCCACGUACAGCUGCGGAACUGAAAAAAAACCUCAAAUCCGUACUGAAAGCACCUUUGAGUACUCCUGCCCCCUCAGUAUCGUUAGAGAAACCAAACACCGUGAUUAAUCAUGCUGCUGACAGUGGUGAAGAGGUAACUUUGCUCAAGCAGAAAAUUAAUGAAAUGGAGAAUGUGGACAAACUAAAGACUCGCAAGAUUCAGAACCUGCAGAAUAUCAUUGGUAAACAGAGGAGGAAAAUCGAUUCACUCAAUAAACUCUUCAGUGAUCUUAAAGAACUCUACAACUCAACUAGGACAAAAAGUGGAGUGACAAAAAAUGGACAUGGGGUGUAGCAUUGCCUGAAAUAAAAUAGGUGUAUGUACGAGUCCUAACGGAGGUGAACCGAUUGCUGCUAUCUCACGGAAGUGCUAUGGGAUUCCAAUCUGAUUGAAGUAUCACUUACAUCUAGAUGAAUUUAUGGAACAACAAUUCAUCCUGAAUCGCGUUACUUCUAGGCAUGUAUUGAGAGUAAAAUAAUCGUCUGUGUCGAUUAUUUUAUUUCCGAGAUCAAUUUUAAAAUGUCGGAUUAAUGCUAGAACAGGAUUCCGAGCAACCAACUUUUUGAUAGAUAGAGUGUCUAACUCAUAACGCGUUAGGCAGAACUCGGAGUUUCGCAAUGCUUUCGUUGUCAUUUAUAGAACUUUAUAUUUGGUAAAAGAAAGCUAUAUUUUCGAAAUUGCAGGAGUUACAAGCAUGACAGCCUAAAAGACCGCGAAUCUUCAGGAAUACUGUUAUGGAGAGCGGAUUUUCUUUGUAUCGUAUAAUACCAGCGUUAGGUGAUCUAAGAAAGUGUAACAUUAUAUGACACAGGGUUUAAUCAUUAUCGUCAACAUUAAAUUUGAAUGAUGUUUUGGAUUUUAGACGAUAAAAGUGUGAAACUAUGCAUGUUGCUAGACUAUUUUAUACUUACAUGAUAAUCGAAUGCGAAUACUGGAGUUAUGCUGAAACUAUGUUACUGAAUUACAUGUAUGAAUUUGCAUUUAAUAUUUAACAAAUAUAAUGG